AUCAGAAUUCGCCCCGACCUAGAAAUUACUAACCUGCCUUUUGAAGCCCCUGGCCUGCAAACGCUCGCCCUUCGUCUCUCGCGCUUUGCUCGGUCCUCCAGCGCGUAGGAAAUUGUGGUCCCCUUCCCGAAUCCGCUGCUGCCCGUUCUCCCCGGUCUUCCUGGCGCCCCUACCGUCAUUCUCCUCAUCCUCAUCCUCUUCCUCAACCGCGCGCGCCCGUCCGCGCAAACCUUCCCCCAUGUCCGAUUGGGCCGCGCUCUCCCUGGACGAAUCCACGCGCCGUCCGCUCGGCUAUCUCCGCGACCCGCGCAACCGUCCGACCAUCCUCAUGGGCGUCGCGAUUAUCGGCGUCGUGAUGCUCGGCGCGCUGCUUAUUUUCGCCUCCACGUCCGCCGCGAAUGGCGGCGGCGCACUUCCCGGGGAGCUAAUGAACGCAUUGCACGAUGUCGUGCCGCCGUUUAAACCGGAGCUGGAUCUGGUGGUGUCGUUCAGCGGCCGGCAGCUUCUUGACGGCGUGCGGGUAACUGAGUCGGAAGGCGCCGCGGAGCCGUCCGUGACGGUCGCGCCGCGUAGCGACGCGAACGUCGUUCCGGACAGCUACUACACUCUUGUACUCGUGGACCCCGACGCCCCCAGCCCCUCCAAUCCGACUGCGCGCGAGUGGCUGCACUGGAUUGUUGUGGAUAUUCCUGCCAGCGCCACUGCAGCUCAAGGCCGCACUGUGACGCCCUACAACGGCCCCACUCCCCCUGAGGGCACCCACCGCUACAUCUUCCUGCUCUUCAGGCAGCCCACCAAGCAGCUCGAGCUCUCCCCGCCAGAGGGGAGGGCCAACUUCCACGCUGCAGAGUUUGCCAGGGAGCAUGGGCUGGGUGCCCCUGUUGCGGCUCUCUUCUACACCUGUGAGGCAGGCGACUCUUAGAUGGAGUCUGGGGAGUGCCCCUGUUGCGGCUCUCUUCCUUGCUUAGGGAGCAAAGUCUCUUACAGAUGGGAGUGCAUGGUUGCGGCUCUCUUCUACAGCUGCGAGGCAGGAGACACCUAGAUAAGAGUCACGAGAGUGCCCCUCGUUGCUGUUCUCUCCUCAGGAGACAAUGGUUGCUUUGUGGUGCUUGUGGUGCCACUCGUGUCAGGACUGAUGUACUACGUGUGUUGGGGGGGGGGGGGGGGGGGGGGGGGGGGAGGGGGAGAGGAAGGGGGAAGUGGGUGUAUGUACAUUGUAGCUGUGAAAAUUGGUACAACUUGGUGGAAGAUACAGGAGGCAAUGGAUUGAGACUGGGUGCUUGUGUUGCUUUGGCUGCUUUUGAAGGUUGGCUUUCCAAGUUGAGCUUGAGUCAUGUGGUGAAUAUACACUUCGAAUGUUUAUAUGAAUGUAUAAUCAUUGUAGCUCGGAUGAUUAAUGCC